AUGGGGAUCAAUGAAAAGGAACAGCCACAACGAUCCUUGAGUUCCCAUGAAGGACGAGGGGAAAGGUCCCUUCCUAGACGCAAAGGGAAUAGCGGAAGUCAGAGUAGAAAAUCAAGUCCUUCGAAGGAAGAUCGACGAAGGGGGAGAUCGACAUCAUCAGUUGUCCCAAGAAGUUCACCAAUGGAAACUGAGGACGAUACUUCUGAUAGAGGGAUUGUCGUCACCAAUUUGACGCGUGCCGUUACUCAAGGUCAUAUCAAAGAGAUCUUUGCCCUUUUUGGGACAAUAGUUGAUAUUCAAUUAAUGAAGGAUCCAGUGAAACCCUCUCGGUCGAAGGUCGUUGUUUUAUUUGAGAGUGCAGAAGAGGCUUCAACUGCGCUUAGACAUAUGGAUAGAGGACAGAUUGAUGGGGACUGCAUUCGAGUCUCCACAAUGAAGCACCCCGAAAAGCGACCAAAGGAACCACGAAGGUCGCCGUACAGAAGUCGUUCACGUCAGAUGUCGGAAGAUCGUACAUCCCGUCGCAGAAAUCCAGGAUUUGGGACGAGCCGACGAGGCAGACGGCCGUUUAGAGGAAGGUACGAGAUUCCUCUGAAUCCAAAACCUCCACGUCCCAAAACCUCCACGUCCCAAAACCCCCAAUUGUGA